UUAUGUUUAACCCACCUUCUAUGAGAAUAAAAACACAUUAUAAAUUCAAAAUUAGAACUCCUGUAGUCUUGAAGGAACUAUGUCUAUCGCGUGCUCACUUAUUUUAUAAGCAGCCCGGUCGAUAGUGCCGCAGUGCCGGCUACAUCACCGCACCGCUCGCACGGUGCCCGUUACCAACGAUUUCGAACACCGGCUGAUUCGAAAUUUGAACGGUCUCAUUCCGUUGGGCACCAGCCUCGUGAAUCACAUGCUCCAGACAUCCAGGCAAACAUGGCCAGCCCGUUGCCGCUUCAACUCGCUAAUCCUUCAAGUGAAGGGAUCAAAAUGAGUUACCUUGAAAAGGUGGACCGGUACCUGGAUUCUCUGAAAGUUGGAAAAAGUGCCCUAGUUGACUCAUGGUUCAUGAUGUCGAGUCCGAUCCCGAUCAUCUGCGUGGUGAUCGCGUACCUGAUCUUCGUGCGCGUGGGCCCCAGUCUGAUGAAGAAUAGGCCUCCACUCAGGAUCACGAAACUCAUCACGUAUUAUAACGCAACGCAGGUGUUGCUGUCUGUGAUGAUGGUUUAUAAGGCUCUGAAUUUGAACAUAUUUCGAGAUGGUGUGCUCUAUGCGGGGUGCAGAUAUCCCUCGAAUACUCAAAACAAGCAGCUUUUGGAGCUAGGAUGGUGGUACUUCUUCGCCAAGUUCACUGAACUCCUCGACACUGUGUUCUUCGUGCUACGAAAAAAGAAUAAACAGGUGACCUUCCUCCACGUAUACCACCACGGCAUCAUGGCUCUCUACUCCUGGAGUUACCUCAAGUUCGCCGCCGGCGGCCAAGGGACCAUCCUCGCCCUCCUAAACUCUGCCGUCCAUAUCGUCAUGUACUCCUACUAUCUUCUCUCUGGACUGGGGCCUCAGUUCCAGAAGUAUUUGUGGUGGAAGAAAUAUGUCACUACUUUGCAGUUGGUACAAUUCGUGAUUAUGCUCGCGUACUGCAUAUGGACUCACUUCUCCCCAAGAUGUCAGUACGCGGUAGGCUUCACUUACUUCAUAUCGGCCAACGUCACCAUUUUCCUGUGUCUGUUCCUUAAUUUCUAUUCCAAAAGCUACAAGAAGAAGAAAAGCGUAGAAAAGGAGAUACAGAAUGAAUUCGAGAAACAAAGAAACGGGACCAAACAAAAUGGAGUUGAAGCGAAUGGAAUCACAGGGGGAAAGAACAAAGGGGGGUGCACAAAUGAUUGUAAGGAUAUUUCCAAUGUAGAAGAAGUUCCUUGCGCAGUUGAUAAAGCCUGUGGGGAUUACAUAAAGAAAGGCAAGGUGUUCCUUACUAGACGUACAGCCAAAGCGUGUGGAGAACUAGAUUACGAAAGCAUAAAGAAAUGAUUCUUAUGGUUGAACAAUAUGGUUAGUUCCGGGUUUUUUGAGACUGAAUUUUGUGAUGGCGAAGAUAAACGAAAUAAUUUAGGAGCGAUUGAUAAGUAAAUAUGGAAAAAUUGUUUUAGUAUUAAGGACGUAUGAAAUAGAGCUUAAAACUGACUUUAUUUUUAAUUAAAUUAGUGUCAAUUCUGUCACUGAAAAUAUGUUGAUUGUGCUACUAAAUUUUAUUGAUGAAAAGAUGUUUCAGCAUAUCGUAGUUAAAGUGCAGAACAUUUUUAUGCUGUUGAAUUAUUGAACGUAACAGUGAGACGAUACGCUUUAAGAUUUAAAUUAUAUUAAUAUUAAAAUGCCAACCGCACAAUUUUAAAUAAUGUAGAUGCUAAGAAUUUUAUUGUUGAAAUUAUAGCUUUACGCUGUUAUUGUUUAGCGAAUAGCAUUUCAGUUUAACAUUGCAGAUUACUGAGUGUCAUACACAUUUUAUUGUAUGAUUAACUCGUUCGCGUUCCUGUAGACAUUGCAAAGCUAAGCUAAUUUUAACGCUGCACUCUUACAGACGGAAUAAUUUUUUUCAGCGCUUGAGACCCAAAGGGAACAUUAAAGUCUUUUUUCUUCAAUUUAGGCAUAUUAUAAUGCACUUAUGAUUGUGAAACGAUCGCCGGUUCUAACCUUAGAACACAGCCCCGAGAAGAUAACGGCGCAAGAAUCUCAGUGGGAAAUAUAAAAACGUGAUAUGAAUAUACCCGGGACGUUAACGUUCGUUGUUUCGUCCACAGAAGAGAACUUAUUCUGUAAUGUGUUUGACCCCUAUAGAAGAGGACAAAGUUUCUGCAUCAUGUGAAACUAAUAUACUUAUAAAUCGAUUAAAAGAGGUAUAAACAUAAAGCAAAUUAAAAACAUUUUAUGUUAAAUAGCAAUAACUGAAAAAUAUUCAAACUUACCUGGUAGCUUUUUUAGUACGAAAAGUACUUACUACGUUGGCUCAGCGACCCAAAAUGAGACUUGGCCUCCGACACAAGACAGCGCCACUUUUCUCGGUCCUGUACGACUUCUCGCUAAUUGUUGACUUGAAGUUCGCGCAGAUCCGCCUCCACCAUGUUGCUUCAGCGAUACCUGGGGCGUCUGAUAGGACAUCCUCCUGCUAGGCAACCCAGGUUCUUUUCACCUUCCGAUCUCCAUCCAAUCUCUUAAGGUGGCCUCAUAAGUUGUUAGUGUCCAAGCAUCUAAGCAGACGCACCAAGAUCCGAAUCUCUAAGACCGUGAUUCGCCCAAUCCUAACCUACGGAUGCGAAGCAUUGUAUGAAAAGUACAGUUCGAAAAUUACUUGAACUGUAUGUAACUGCAAACACUAACUUAAUUAGUUAUUAAAAAGUGGCUCGCAGAGUCAAAAGUAAGAAUAGAGGUAUUAUAAUAUGCGGUUCCGGUGAACCGGUUAGCGCAAUACUGUACUUAAGAUAAGUUAGUUAUUAUGACCAAGAUUAAAUUAUCUAAGAAUCUUGCCACUGUGGCGUGUACUUUUAGUUUCUUGCCAAAAUAAAUGUUCUGUACAAA